GAAGGUAUGUUCGUCUUCCUUCGAGUUUUUUCUUCCUUCUUCCUUCUUCCUCCCUCCUUCCUCCCUCCGAGAGAUUAGACACUCGAUUCAACGAACAGUGGUUCGUGCUAGUUAUAAUGGAAGUUCAAGUUGUAAACUCUCUCGACGACUGGAACACCAACCUCCGACCCUCCACUGCCACCUCGCUUCCGCCUGAAACCCUGUCCAUGUCCAAGAGUCGUAGUAGCAAUCCUCUCGAGCCUACCAAGACCUACAACGGGGGAUACACCGACGCCAAGGAGAUCCGCCUCCGCAUUGCGAAUGGAGGUGCGGGUCAAUCAGGGCUUGUUGGUGCUCUGGCGGAUGCGUUUGUCAAGUGGUGUGUAGAGGGGAAUAAAAGUACGGUUGAAGAUGGUGGUAAGGAACAAGGGAGUCGGGAUACGAAGACUUCUGCGUUUCUGGUCGGGUGGUAUCUCGGCGACACGACACAAAGUCUCGCGUACCUUUCCUCUGGAUGGGUCGAUAUUGCGUUCACGUAUAACGAGGCCGCGGAGAAGGCGGUGGUGAGGAGUGGGAAGGCGGUGGUGAGGAAGUUGAUUUUUUUGGAUCAUUUCUACCUCGUCGGUCCUCCAUCAAAUCCUGCAGGAUUGACUUCCACAGACCUCGUAUAUGAUGCGUUUGCUAAAAUUGUGGAUAAAGGUGCCCGAGAUGCAUUGGCUCCUCCAAGCUCUCAAACAAAAACGCAACCACAACCAACCCGCUUCCUAUCCCGGUUCGAUAAAAGCGCGACGAAUAUAAAGGAGAGUGGGUUGUUUAUUGACAUUGGGCAGGUCCCCUGGGCCCAUCCUCCAUCUCCGUGGUACCACAUAUACCCUCGGUUUCCUCGGGAAUCACUUAGAGCCGCGUCGGUGCUCGGGGAGUAUACACUCACAGAUCGGGGGACGUGGUUGUCGAGCGAGAAGGGGGUAAGGGAGGGGUUGAGGGUGUUCAAAGGGGAGACGCACCUGGGAGAUGCAAAAGAAGAUGGAGAAGAAGACACCAGAAUCCUCCUCAACCCCUGCAAUGCCCUUCUCGGAUCUUCACCACUUGAUAAAGACAUUGCGGUGGAGUUCAUGCGGUGGGUUGUUAAGCCAGAUGGGGGACAGAGGGUUGUUAAGGAGUUCGUUAGUGGAGACGGGGAGAUGAUUUAUUCACCUGUGAAUUGAUUCUACUCUGCAGUGGUUGGUACCUAAAACAUGAAAGACAUGUUGAGUUGUUUUUCAAGUUGGUUUUGGGUCCAGAUUUCAUACUGGUGAGAAACGCAAGCGAAGCAACGCUUGGUAUGUGUAGUGGUUGUGGUUGGACUAUGACAUACCACGCUGCAAAAUACCUGUUUUCUUGUUUCGCUGAGAUUGCCUCUGGCGCGAGGUUUAUUGAGACUGAAAUGUUAAUGAUGACUCAGGUGUACUGAACCGAGUCGACCCGAGACGAGGCU